AUGGAUGCACAUGAUACUCAUUUUGUCCGACGGAAUUUAUUAGGAAGCUUAUUCGGCGGGACCAACCCUCCAACCAUUGGCACUACAUCAUCACCUGAAAGCCCUUUUGAUGGAUUCACUAGUGUUUUAGGCAGCGUGCUUGGUGGCGGGGCGACUGUCACUGCUUCUACCCCUUCCACCUCUUCCACCCCUUCCCUCACUUCCAGCUCUAGUAGUACCCCUACUCCCUCCACGAGCACUCCUUUGACAACAUCCACGCCGGUAGUCACACCGAACUCUACGCCGACGCCUACACCUACACCUACACCCGUGCUUACACCCACGUCCACACCUGCACCUGCACCUACAUCAUCCGCCUCUCUAAUCGUUUUGACUUCAACCUCUGGCACCAGCAUCAUCUACGUGACUAGUACCGUGUCCACUUCAGCGACUGCCAUCGCUGCAGCUCCCAAAUCAUUCCUUGAGAACAAGCCUCUGGAGGGUGGAGUAUUUGCCGUAGUUGGAAUCGUGAUCUUGGUCAUUAUCUUCGUCGUGGUCACGUACGCUCUCCGUCGUCGUCGGCGCGAUCGCCUUGAGAGCGACGUCGCCGAUGCUAUCACGUUCGAUCCGGUGGUAAGGGAGCAUUAUGGAGACGAGGAGAAGGGAACGAACAAGUACAGGCUUAGUGUUAGUUCCUCAGGUCACGGUCAUGGCUUUGGAUACGGUCCCCAGCCUGUAUACAUGCCACCGGCCGUUCCUCAGUACGGUUACUACGGCUCACAAGGAUAUGAACAGCAGCCGGCUGCUUAUCAUGUCCCUCCCACUCGAGGCCCCGUCUAUAACCUCGACACUGCAGUCAACACGGGUGGCACGGUUAAUACUGGUGGCACAGUUAACACGGAUGGCACAGCUAACGCAGGUGGCACCGUUGAAUCGAGUGGUGCAACCGAUGCGGCUAGUACAGUCAGUACGGGUGGUGCCAACCUCACUCGCAAAUAUUCGAACCGAAAACCUGUUCCACCUCUCCUGCCAAAUCCCGUCUAUGACCCAUCUCAAUCUCCAGUUCUUCCCUCGCACUAUUACAUGCAGAACCAGGAUGUCCCGAUCUCCCCGAUUUCUCAAUCAAUGAACCUUCCUGUCCCCCCUGGUAAUCUGGCGACUUCUGCGCAUGAUGAAUCGGAGGACGAUCCUUACACAGGAAUGCUCAAGGCAUGUUGAACUCUUGUUGAACUUUCACAACAUGCUUAAUGUCUGCAGGUUGUCAAUCACUAAAUAUACCCCAGUGAUGUCGAUAUCCUUUUAUUUCCCCAUACCUUUCUUGGAUUUAUCCGUCCAAGUGGCAGUUGCUUUGUUGGUUUCCUGUCCGACUAUGCUUCAUUGCCUUCAAAUUGUUUUCAGUGACGCUUGUGUUACCGUUUUUUAUGAUUUCAAUUAAUACAUUCUGGUGUGCUGUGCUCAUCAAAUGUUGUUCUCAUCGUGUAGACUUAGGGUGACUGGUCACCCGUUCCA